AUGCCAGGCGCUAUCUCCUUGAUCAGAGACCAAUACACCACCCUCCACCUGCCCACACCUCCACCCAACAUCACGGAUUCAUGCUACAUCGUUACGGGCGCGAACACCGGUCUCGGCUACGAGUGCACCAAGCACCUCCUUCUCAUGGGUGUGAGACGCAUCAUCCUUGCCGUACGCACUCCAUCCAAAGGUGAGGCUGCACUCGCCACCCUCCGUCGCGAGACUGGCCGCUCCGCUGCCGGCGAAGUCUGGGAGCUCGACCUUACGUCCCUGGACUCUGUGGAGGCGUUUUCCAAAAGGCUAGCCAAUCUAGACAGAUUGGACGCACUCAUAUGUAAUGCGGGCGUCAUCAUGAGUCAGUACAGGGCUGUAGAGGGACACGAGACAACGCUACAAGUAAACGUGGUGGCAACGAUGUUGCUUGCGUUUCGAGCGAUGCCAAAGCUUCAGGAGUCGGCGAAGAAAGUUGGGAUUCAGCCACGCUUGACAAUCGUAUCGAGUGAUCAGGCGUUCAGCGAUAACGUCAAGUUGUGUGUAGAGAAGAUCGCAGGCGAGGGGAAUGUUUUUGAGGUUCUGAGUGAAGAGCAGAAUUUCGACGCAAUUGCUACGUACCCCAGGACCAAACUCUUGGAAAUCUACAUCGUCCGUGAAUUGGCAGGACUCCUUCCUCUAUCAUCCACAGGCGUCAUUGUUAAUACCGUGAGCCCUGGCCUCUGCUACUCAGAGCUCGAUCGCAAUCAAGGCUUUCUCAUGAAGAUCAUGGUGAAAGUGUUCAGGGCGCUACUUGCGAGGUCGACAGAGAAGGGUAGUCGAACUUUGCUGCAAGCUGGUUUUGCGGGGGCCAAUAGCCAUGGAAAGUAUUGUUCCGAGUGCAAGAUUAGAGAGUAG